AUCACCACUGUCUUCUCUCUCUCUCUCUUUUCCCCUUUUUCUCUGUCAUUCCUUCCAUGUCCAUUUCAUGAAACCCAAUCUCAACCAUUAUCCAUUUUUGUUUCUUUCUUUAACAUACUAGUUUUUUUUUAGUUCAUAGUUGGUGUGUACAAGAGGUAAAGCUACAAUUAGCGUGACCUCUACGGCGGUGCUUUCAUUCACCGCUAAACUCUGUCGGAAUCUUCUUCGCUUUCGCACGUUUCUAAGAUAUCCUUUGAUACCCUAAUUCCUCCAUUUAAACUCGCUUUGAGCUUUUCAUCCUCGGCGACAACUUCAAAGUAAGAGGUGUGUUUAAGAUUAGAAGGAAAAAAAGAUGGCUAAACUUGCAGAUAUUUCUCUUGCAGCUGGAAUUAAUAUUUUGAGUGCAUUUAUCUUCUUUGUGGCAUUUGCUAUUUUGAGGCUUCAGCCUUUGAAUGAUAGGGUAUACUUCCCAAAAUGGUAUCUCAAGGGUUUAAGAACAGAUCCUGUGCACGGUGGAGCGUUCAUGCGAAAGAUUGUCAAUUUAGAUUGGAGAUCAUAUAUUCGGUUUUUGAAUUGGAUGCCGGCUGCACUUAGAAUGCCGGAACCUGAGCUUAUUGACCAUGCUGGAUUGGACUCUGCUGUUUACUUGAGGAUUUACUUGUUAGGACUUAAAAUCUUUGUUCCUAUAGCAUUCCUGGCGUGGGCGGUUCUGGUUCCUGUCAACUGGACAAGCAGUGGGCUAGAAAAUGCUGGGAUAAAAAACAUAACUUCCAGUGACAUUGAUAAGAUCUCAAUUUCGAAUGUCCAGCGUGGAUCGGAAAGGUUUUGGUCACACAUAGUAGUUGCUUAUGCAUUUACCUUCUGGACAUGCUAUACUUUGAUGAAGGAGUAUGGAAAAGUUACCGCAAUGAGAUUGCAAUUUCUUGCAACAGAAAAACGCCGUCCUGAUCAAUUUACGGUGCUUGUUAGAAACAUUCCACCAGAUACUGAUGAAUCUGUCGGUGAGCUUGUGGAGCACUUCUUUCUGGUCAAUCAUCCGGAUAACUAUCUUACUCACCAGGUUGUUUAUAAUGCAAACAAAUUAGAGAAGUUCGUUAAAAAGAAGAGUAAGUUGCAGAAUUGGCUUGUCUAUUAUCAAAAUAAGCUUGAAAGAACUUCAAAAAGACCUGAAAUGAAGACUGGUUUCCUUGGUCUUCAUGGAAAGAAAGUAGAUGCUAUCGAUUAUUACACCACUGAGAUUGACAAGCUGUCAAAAGAAAUAGCUUUGGAGAGAGAUAAGGUCACUAAUGAUCCUAAGUCUACCAUGCCUGCUGCAUUUGUUUCUUUUAAAAGUCGAUGGGGUGCUGCAGUUUGUGCUCAAACCCAACAAACCAGAAAUCCAACAAUUUGGUUGACUGAGUGGGCUCCAGAGCCACGGGAUGUCUAUUGGCAAAACUUGGCAAUUCCAUAUGUUUCCCUAACUGUUAGACGGUUGAUCAUAGCUGUUGCGUUCUUUUUUCUCACAUUCUUUUUCAUGAUCCCCAUUGCAAUAGUACAAGGUCUUGCAAGUCUUGAUGGAAUCCAGAAAGCAGCACCAUGGUUGAAUCCCCUUGUUCGUGUCCCUGUUGUUAUGUCAUUCAUUCAAGGUUUUCUACCCGGUAUUGUAUUGAAGCUUUUUCUUAUCUUUCUGCCAACAAUAUUGAUGAUGAUGUCGAAAUUUGAAGGCUUUGGAUCUAUAUCAUCGCUUGAGAGAAGAUCGGCUUCUCGAUAUUAUCUUUUCUGUUUCGUGAAUAUAUUUCUUGGGAACCUACUUGCUGGGUCAGCAUUUCAACAGCUCGACACUUUCAUUCAUCAACCAGCCAACGAAUAUCCCAUAACAAUUGGCACUGCAAUUCCUUUAAAGGCAAGUUUCUUCAUCCUAUAUAUGUUUGAUGUCUGUAUAGCUGCUGAAGUUUUGAUGUUGAAACCGCUAAUCAUGUAUCACUUGAAGAAUUUCUUCUUGGUUAAGACUGAAAAGGACAGGGAAGAGGCCAUGAAUCCCGGGAGUAUUGGUUUCAACACUGGAGAACCUCGCAUACAAUUGUAUUUUUUGCUGGGUCUAGUCUAUGCUGCAGUGACACCAACUGUUCUUCCUUUCAUAAUAAUUUUCUUCGGGUUGGCCUAUGUUGUGUUCCGCCAUCAGAUAAUCAAUGUUUAUAAUCAAGAGUACGAGAGUGGCGCAGCGUUCUGGCCUGAUGUCCAUUUCCGUGUCAUCAUUGCACUGUUAGUAUCACAGAUAGUUCUGAUGGGACUCUUGACCACCAAAAAGGCUGCUUCAUCAACUCCAUUUCUCAUUGUGCUCCCUAUACUGACGAUAUGGUUCCAUAGAUACUGCAAAGGCCGUUUCGAAUCUGCAUUUGUUAAAUUCCCCUUACAGGAAGCAAUGAUGAAAGAUACAUUAGAACGAGCGACAGAACCGAACCUGAACGUAAAAGGUUACCUUCAGCAUGCUUAUGUUCAUCCAGUUUUUAAGGCUAGCCAUGAUGAUGAUGCUGAUGAGGAAGAUGCAAUGAGUCUGAAGUGGGAAACUGAGAGUGCUACUGUAGCCACGAAGCGUCAAUCACGAAGGAGUACACCAUUGCCCAGCAGAUUUAGUGGUGCAUCAUCUCCGUCUAUGCUCGACAGCAUUAAAAAUGAUCCAGAGUCAUAGAUCAUUCAUGGACCAAGAAAUGUCAUAUCAUCGACAUGACAAAGUAGGAUGUAUGUGAAUGUGAGUAUAUUAUAUGAUGAGCUACAACAACGGACAUGCAUGUGGCUCUAGCAUUCUUGUGCAAAAGCGUUUUGGAUUUUCUGGUCAGCAGAUAGCUUGUAGAGACUUUAAGACUGAUAUUCUUUCAUAAUGUUUCAGAUUUUGUUAAUAGUGGGUUUGUUCCGUUAGUAGAUGAACAUGUUUUUCUAGUUUGUACCACCUAGCAUUUAGAGAUUUGCUUAACAUUACACCACGGGAUACUGUAAAUUAUCCAAAAUUUGAUUAUGACUCUAGGUUGUGUGUAUAUUUUUUUUUUCUCUCCCUUUGUUACCUUGUGCUUUUCCUUUGAGAUCGAGCUCUGUUUGUACACAUUUGUAACAAACAAGAGGUUCUCUACGAAAUAUUACCCCACGUUACUUUUGUCAAAAUACUCGCACCAAAUGUGAUGUAUAAUGAAUUUAUAACAGGUUUCUCCCUA